AUGUUGAAUUCAAUUCUUCUUCUCAUUGCUAUUGUCCCUGCAUUGAUGUGUAACGUUGUGAAUUCAAUGCGGUUUGAUCUUAAAUCUGGUAAUCCUAAAUGCAUCGUUGAGGAAAUCAUGAGCAAUGCAAUGACCGUUGGUAAUUACUCCGUCGUUAAUCCGAAUGAAGGUUAUCCGAUUCCUGAUUCUCACAAGCUAACUGUCAGGCUUCGUUCACCUUAUGGGAACAAACACCACUUUGGUGAUCGUGUGGCUUCUGGUAAUUUCGCAUUUACUACAGCUGAAGCUGGUGACUACACAGCUUGUUUUUCCGUGCCGGAUCAGAAACCCACAAUAACUGUGACCAUUGAUUUUGAGUGGAGAACUGGGGUGGCUGCCAAGGACUGGUAUAAGAUUGCAAAAAAAGAUCAGAUUGACGUAAUGGAAUCUGAAUUACAGAGGUUGUAUGACACUGUCCUAUUCAUCCACGACGAGAUGUUUUAUCUUCGGGGAAGGGAGGAAGAGAUGCAAGAUCUUAACAGAGAAACUGAUAGAAGGAUGUUUACCUUCAUUUUCUGUUCAAUCAUCAUUUGCUUGUCUGUUGCUGGUAUGCAACUGUGGCAUUUGAAAAUAUUCUUUGAGAGGAAGAAGCUCCUCUAA